CGCCAGACACCACUCCCCACUAGGUCUGGUCGUUCUCUCCUCUAGCUACCUCUCUUUCUCUCUCUCUCUCCUCUUUCAGUGUUCGUUCGAACGCGGCCCGGUACGGUUCUGUCGCUCCGUGGUGUCGAAGGGUCCGCUUCGUCAUGGGAGCUCACUGCCGUGAUGGUGUCGGCAGGUCACCUCGGUAGCCAGUUCCCAACGCCAAUGUAGCUUCCUCAGAGUGGCUCGCGUGGUUUUUACGGUCCUUGUUUGCCGGUAAGGGCGGGUGUGCGCGACGAGGAGGAUUAUUGGGGUGGGUGUGCGUGUGGUGUGAGGGAAGGCGAGAUAGUGAUAAGGUAGACAGAAAAUUCUCUCUCCAAGCUCGUCUGAUGAUGAGUAGACGAUACCUAAGACCUCGAGUGGAAGACUGGAGUAAUUAGUAAGCAAGUACUAAGAGAGCCAACUCUUUCGAGCUAAUGGAAAGCUGGAAAACAAGUGUACAAGUUGUUAUUCGCGGGCAAGCUCCGAAACGUCGUAAGCCUUCUCUUCAGUAAAGAUGUCAUGUUUAUGUUACGCGCGCAAAUUAUCGGAUUCGUCGACAUUUUCGUGUUUGUAAUUAAAUCUGGGUUCGUUGUACGAUGUUGAUGCGACAAGGAAAAGAAGUCGCAAGAGGAUAGCAGAAAAGAAAGCUAAAUAGUGGACUUUCAAGUCCACUUGUUUGCUCGCUCGAGGCUCGCUCGAAAGUAGAGAUCUGUUUUGCUUUUUUGCGCCUCUUCUUCUAAAAGGAGAGGCAAAGCUCGCGGAAUUGUCGUUUGCCGGGGUCAGGUGGGAGUAGCGAUUCAAAAUAACGUCGUAAGAAGAUUACAUCGCUUGUCGCCCUGAAUGAAGAACGAGACUCCUGACGGAGGUGCUUCAUUUACGAAGAGACGUCGGCCAGGUUGCUAGGAGACGGCGCAAAGUUCCAGUCGUAAUUUUCUGGACACGGGCAAAAUGUCUGGCAACUACUCGACACGCUGCGAGCCGGGCCUGAUGAUGCCGAUGUGGCAUCCAGCGGAUAACCUGCACCUGAUCGACAUCAUCUUUCGAGGCGUGGUUUACUUUGUCCUGCUUUUGUAUCUAUUCAUCGGCGUGUCGAUCAUCAGUGACCGGUUUAUGGCCGCCAUCGAGGUGAUCACGUCUAAAGAAAAGGAGCUGGUGGUGCAUCGUCAAGGCAGAGAGCCACAGAUCGUCGUGGUGCGGGUGUGGAACGAGACGGUGGCCAAUCUGACCCUGAUGGCGCUCGGCAGCAGCGCGCCCGAGAUCUUGCUGUCCAUCAUCGAAAUUUGGGCGAAGAACUUCCAAGCCGGCGAACUCGGUCCGGGCACGAUCGUCGGCUCGGCCGCCUACAAUCUCUUCGUUAUCAUCUCUUUGUGCGUCUUUGUAAUCCCUAACGGCGAGACCCGGAAGAUAAAGCACCUGCGCGUCUUCUUUGUUACUGCAACUUGGAGCAUCUUCGCCUAUGUGUGGCUCUACGUUAUCUUGGCGGUUUCUAGUCCAGGUGUGCUGGAGGUCUGGGAGGGUAUAUUGACCUUCUCCUUCUUUCCAGCCACGGUUCUGUCGGCUUACAUCGCCGAUCGAAGACUGCUGAUUUACAAAUAUCUGCACAAGGGCUAUCGGAUGAACAAACGAGGUGUGAUCGUACAAGCAGAGUCCGGGGACUCUGAGGUGGGGGUAGAGUUGGAGAUAAAGCCUCAGCAAGAUGGUCUCCACAGCAUGGUGGACCGUCUGGCCGACGCUGACUCUCCCGAGGCGAAGGAGUUCGAGCAGACCCGCAGAGAUUACAUUAAUACCUUGAAGGAAUUGCGCAAAAAGUACCCCACCCUACCCCUGGAGCAAUUGGAAGUCAUGGCUCAUGAGGAGGUGUUGGGCAAGGGUCCCAAGAGCAGAGCUUUCUAUAGAGUGCAGGCUACGAGGAAGAUGGUGGGCGCGGGUAAUCUCAGUAGAAAGAUCAGCGAAAGGGCGCAAAGCGACCUCAGCGAGGUCAAGGCCGAGCUGCAGAAGCAGGAAGCCGAGAGCAUCGACAUCGAGCAUGUCAACGCUAUGAGAGUGUUCUUCGAGCCUGGCCAUUACACCGUAAUGGAAAACGUAGGAACCUUCGAAGUAGGAGUCACCAGGGAUGGUGGUGAUCUCACCAGACCUUGCAGUGUGGAUUAUUGCACAGAGGACGGUUCCGCCGAGGCGGGAUCUGAUUACGUGAGUGCCAAGGGCACCCUGACCUUCGAACCUGGCGAGACUAAGAAGACUAUCAAGCUCUCAGUUAUCGACGAUGAAUUGUUUGAGGAGGACGAGCACUUCUAUGUCAGGCUCAGUAACGUGUCGCAGCCGGCGAUGCUGGUCUCACCGAGCCUAGCAACGGUGAUGAUCUUGGAUGACGAUCAUAGCGGCAUCUUCGGCUUUCCGGAGAGGGACGUGGAGUUGGUGGAAAGCGUGGGCCAGCAUCCCCUACGGGUCGUGCGCUACAGCGGCGCCCGCGGCCGCGUCAUCAUCCCUUAUCGCACCGUGGAAGGCACCGCAAAACCCGGCAAGCAAUACGUGCACACCGAGGGCAGUUUGACUUUCGAGGACAAUCAAACAGAGAAAAUCAUCAACUUGGAGAUCAUCGAGGAGGAUUCCUACGAGAAAGACGCGCUCUUUUACGUCGAAUUAGGCGAGCCACUGCUACAAGGAGCGGAGGCAGGAAUGGCGGCGGCGGCGGAGAUGAAGCAGCCGGAGGAGAGAACGGAGGAAGAGAAAAUGGCGUUGCUGGGCAGACCGCGGCUGGGCGAGGUGUCACGGGCUCAGAUCAGAAUCAAGGAGUCGAAAGAGUUCAAGAACACCGUGGAUAAGCUCGUACAGCGGGCGAACGCCUCCAUAAUACUCGGCACAAGCUCCUGGAAGGAACAAUUUACGGAGGCACUGACCGUUAGUGGGGGCGACGAGGAUGAUGCCGAUGGAAGCGGUCAACCGUCUUCACCAUCGGCGAUGGAUUAUCUCAUGCACUCACUCACCAUCUUCUGGAAGGUUCUUUUUGCCUUCGUCCCACCGACUGAUAUUGCCGGCGGUUAUCUGUGCUUUAUCGUCAGCAUCUUGGGAAUUGGCGUGGUCACGGCGGUAAUCGGCGACGUCGCCUCGUACUUCGGUUGCACCCUGGGCAUCAAGGAUUCCGUCACUGCGGUGGUUUUCGUCGCUCUUGGUACUAGCAUCCCCGACACGUUUGCCAGCAAAGUAGCCGCCUGUCAAGACAAGUACGCUGACGCGAGUGUAGGCAAUGUGACCGGCAGUAACGCGGUGAACGUCUUCCUCGGGAUCGGCGUUGCGUGGAGUAUCGCCGCUAUUUACCAUGCCUGCAAUAACCAGACGUUUUUCGUCGAACCCGGCAACUUGGCCUUCUCCGUUACCCUGUUCUGCACUGAAGCCUGCUUGGUGAUCCUGGUGCUGCUGGUGAGGCGGACGAAGUCGAUCGGCGGCGAGUUGGGUGGGCCUUUUAUACCGAAGGUCAUCACAUCCGUGUUCCUGUUCUCCCUCUGGCUCUUCUACCUCAUCAUGUCCACCCUCGAGGCCUACGGCGUGAUCCAGGGCUUCUAAAUCAAGGCCCGUGCGACGCCACUACGUCGGCCUAUCCACUGCGUGUAUCUUAGCUCUGGCGUCCGCCAAGGCGUGUGCUCAACGAAACUUCUACCUGGACACAAAGAAGCGAAAUCGGGAAAAUGGCACGAUUUCGCGAAAGAACGAACUCUGACUGUGCCGGGAACUCACAUAAGUUCACCCCCGACCUGAGACAAUUAACAACGAACGUGAUCGCGUGACGUAUUCAAUGCGUGGAUAUGUGUAUGCGUGUGCGUGUGCGUGUGUAUGCGUGUAUAGGUACCUGAGAGCGCGAGUGUGCUUGUUGCGAGUGCGUCCCCCAACGAAGAGAAGGAAGAAAAUCAAUCGGGAGAAAGAGUAAGACGAAGAAGGAAAGAAAGAAGAAGGGUGGAGGGAAAGACAUGUGCGAGGAAAAAGUGAGUUUGCCUUAAAAUAAUACAAUUCAAAAGAAAGAAAGGAAGAAAGAAAAAAAAGUAACAAACGUUCUAGUCGAGCCAUACUCUCCCACGAUGAGGGAUCAUGGCUGUUAUCGAGGAGAGGAGAGAAGAGAAGAGAAGCAAAUGAAGAAAAAGAGUAUAUAUGGUAUACGCGUGUGCUGCCGAGAAUCGCGGCGUACGCGCGUGUACAUAGUGUAUUUAUUUAAUCCUUUAAGGAGUACAGGUUUCUAUGGUAUUUUAGUAGCGGACUGUAUUGCAAUUCCUUUUUCGCCAGAGAUCGACGUCGCUAAUUUUGUAUGGACGUAUAUACUGUUGUACGACAUAUAUAUAUUCCGUUGUCGGGAGGA